GAGCCCAGCUGAGGCAGGGGUGGAGCUACCUGUUCAGAGCCUGACUAAGAAGGCCCUGGCUUGGAGGGUCGGCUGGACUGAAGUCGUCAUGGCCUUCCCACUGGAGACUGGCCCCCCGGAAGGCAGAUGGGACCCUUUUUUUCCUGCAAUACAAUGGAUACAAUUUGCAGUGGCUACCUUGAGUGUUAUAGGUUCGAGUUCAAUUAUCACUUAUGCUGUGUUCCAGAACCCACCCAAGUCUGCAGAGAUAAAGCCACUCUUGUAUCUGAGCUUGUCUGACCUGCUCCUGGGGAUUUGCUGGCUCAUAAAAGCACUUGUCUAUGGAACAUCAGCAGCCCACAAAGACAGCAUCUGCUAUAACCUACAGGCAGUGGGAGAGGUGAUAUAUUAUACCUGCCAAGGUAGUCACAUCAUGUUCCUUUUGUCAAGCCUGAUACCUCUGCUACUGAUGACACCUGUGUUCUGUCUGGGCAAUGUCAACGUAUGUUUCCACAACUUUAGCCAGAGCCACAGGUGUAUUCUAAUGCACUCACCACCAUCAGCCACGACUGAAUCCCUGCCUUCCACCAACACAUCUGUCUGCAGCACACUCUAUUUUUACGGAGUCACCAUUUUCCUAGCCAGCUUUUUCUUCAGCUUCUUCACCAUUAUGGUCUUCCUCAUCCGUGCCCACAGAUUGUAUAAGAAGUCUGUGAAAUCAACUGGCUUUCUGGAGAGUGAGCAGCGGCCAGUGAUUCACAUUGUGGGCCAGCGCGUGUGCUUCUUCCCAGUGGCCUUUGUGUGCUGCUGGGGCCCAGCUGUCAUGCUGCUGAUCAUAAAGCUGACCAAGCCACAGGAUAGCCCCCUGCACAUGGCCUUCUCCGUGCUCCAGGCUCUCACAGCAGCAUCUCAGGGGCUGCUCAACUGUGGCAUAUAUGGCUGGACACAGUGCAAGUUCCAGCAGCUAAAGCGUGAGCCUUGCCGUGAUGCAGACACUCAGACCCCAUUGCUGUGUUCACAGAAGAGAGUCUAUAGCAGGAGCCUAAACCUACCCGCAUCCUCUCUCGAUUUUGCCUCCAGCUCUUCCACCGUUCUUUGAACUAUGGGACUGGAGCAUCCAGGAAGUAAAUGUUUCACCCGACUCUCUUCUCGUUGUACCUCUGACUGAAUACUGAAAGGGAAUGUAGGGCUGUGGUCACUCGUGUUCUAGAUGGGUUAGCAAGGAGCUGUACCAGUGCUCAGUCAGGGAGAUGCGGCCUCUUCCCACCUAAGAGACUCAUUACCUUGACAAGUACUAGAUUUAUUUACAUCUCUGAAAGAAAAAAUAAAUUUCAGGUUCAUA